AUGCCCCUAUUUCAUGACCCGGACCGCCGGUAUUUCUCCGGCUGGUCUGGUGACCCCAGCCAGCAUGGGCUUCAGGCAGCCCAAGGGUCCUCCGAACAUCCUUUAGGCACAGAGUACCCUUGUGAACCUCAAAGCGAACCAUUCUCUAUGGAAAACUUGCGGCCGUCGUCUGCAGAGCACUCUCCAACGAGGCUGUGGAGCAGUGAUGAACGACAGGAACUUAUACAACGAAUCAAAGAAUCAUCGCCCUGGAGGCUCCAAUAUAAGAAUAGCGAUCAUAGUGAUGAGCUUUGUCUGUCCCAUGACUCUGAGCAAAAUGCAGAGAACAUUGACGAGGGGAAUCUAGCGGGGCCUCAAAGCUAUAUAAACUCGACACACCAGACAGAGGAACUAGGAUCGCCGGCUGAUAUCCAGAGACCUCGGUCUGCAUUACACUCUGGUGAUUUCCGUGAAGGGGCAGUGAAUGUUCCUCCGUCGUCCCCUCGGCCUCGGUUCACACAGCCUAGCCCCUUCUCUCCUCAUCUAGGGACAUCCCCUACUACACCAUGGUUUAGGCCGUCCGUCUUCUCGACCGCUUCUGGGCAGUCCAAUGUCUUUGGCGAACAGCGGCCGGAGCUUGGUCUACAAACCCGUUCCAGAGCACCGUCACUCGGGUCUUUCUCGUCAAGUUACGUCCUGAAGGCCCCCACAAGUCCCCUCGUGUAUCAAGCCAAUAAUACCGACCUUGACUUUUCGCCGGUUGAUCCGAAAGAGAUUGGGCCCGAGGAGAGAGCCAACAGACGACGAACCCUACCACCAGAGUCUUUUCGACAUCUUCAACCUUCUCCCCCUAACAUCCGAGCUGUCGAUAUUCGCACGCCUUAUUCCCCCAGAGGCCAUGAUGAAUUUCAGCCUCACGUCCCUCGAAGGACAUUGACAUCAGCAUAUAGUCUUCAAUUGGCCUCGACGGGCAAUGCCACUCUUCAUCGGGCAAGACGGCCAUCGCUUGCUUCUGAUCUGUGUCCUACAGCUCAUGCGCCGAUGGUUGGAUCCUAUGAAGAAUCAAUCCUGCGAGGUCGAAUGUCGAUGAGCCCCUCCAAACCUCUAGACUUCACUGCACAAAUCGGUGUCCUAGGGAAAGGCAAAUGCAAAGGACAUUUGAAAUGUCCCCCGCAUGUCACUGUUCCCUUCCCGGCAGUUUUCUAUAGCUAUCCCACUUCAGGUAGUGGUCGUUCCAUCUCGGAUGAUAGCCCGAGUCCUUACGUGGGGCAAAUUGAUCUUGAGAACUCGCUGUCCAAGGAAGAUCCAAGCACCACCCGGCGUCGUAGGCGCCAUUUUAGCCCAGCAGCUGUUGAAGAUGGACCUCGAAAUGAGAAAGGCGCUCCCAGGGCUCCUCGUGCCCCCAGUGCAGAUGCCAGACGUCGCCGGGAAAAGAAGAACCGCAGAGCGGAGUCGCCCAAAUGCCCCCCAGGCGGGUGCUACCGGAUCCCUCAGCAGGGACAACUGCAAAUCAUCAUCAAGAACCCCCACAAGACCGCAGUAAAGUUGUUCCUUGUACCAUACGAUCUUGGUGAUAUGGAACCGGGAACUAAAACCUUUAUCCGGCAAAGGAGCUAUUCUGCUGGUCCGAUUAUCGACAUGCCGCUAAGUGCCCGGAAGAAUUACGGUACUGAUCGUCCCGAGGCCUCUCUCAACGCCACGGAAAACCCCCAUGAUAAGCCCACUCUGCGAUAUCUCAUCCACCUCAAUAUCUGCUGUCCCUCCAGAGGUCGAUUCUACCUCCACUCGAGUAUUCGAGUUGUCUUCGCAAACCGAGUCCCAGAUGGCAAAGAGAAACUGCGUAAUGAGAAUCAACUCCCAGAGCCUCGCUACAGCCCAUACAAACCCACUCGAGAACCCACCCUAUCAGCGUCAGCCAAUGCCAGGCUAGCAAUCGAGAAAGCCGCUCGCAGACGCAGCGUCGGGCAAGGCAUGGUCCCUUUCUUGCGUGAAGCUCCCAGCGAAGCGUUGCAUUGGACGUCAAAGUAUAUGGGUCUCCCAGAGUCCUUGCAGGCGGAUGCUACUCUCUACAACAAGCUCAACAAGGGCGAUGUUAGAUAUGGAGGCCACCCCUCUGGCAAGGGUACCUCAGAUACCGGUGAGAGUUUACUUGCCAAACGACUUCGUGGUCUAGAUGUCCACAGACAGGAGACAUUUGACUGUUGA